AUGGCAGUAGCCUCUGAAGGCACCUCUAUAGAGUACACGCCGACAUGGGCACUUGCCACCGUUUACUCCUUUAUUUUCACCGCCGUCUUCCUCCGGUACUCCAUCCAUCUCCUUGCCAACAUACAGUUGAUGUUUCUGGGAUUUGCAUCACUUUUAUUGGCACUAACCCAAGAUUCUAUAUCCAAAUUCUGCAUACCAGCCAAGCUAGUAGACACCAUGCUUCCAUGUCGCAAAAAGGUUGCACCCGAAUCAACUCGAAAAGAAGAAGAUGCUGAGCACUUUGGGGCAAGAAACUUCUCGACAGGAGCAGGUGGUUCGUAUGGUGAAAUUCAUAGGUUACUUGCAGAGGAAGCUGUUUCUGAUUCUUGCAGUGAUGGAAAAGUACCUUUCAUGAAAAAACAUUCUCCGCAUCAGCUUCACAUACUGAUUUUUGUGCUGGCGGUAAUUCACAUUGUGUAUAGUGUUCUCACCAUGGCUUUGGGAAGGGCCAAGAUGAGGAGCUUUCAAGCUUGGGAGAAAGAUGCUCAAGCUCAAAAAAUGGGCCAGCACCAAGUCGCCCAUGAUCCAAAUCUAUUCAGAUUUACAAGGCAAACAACAGGUGGAAGACGGGACAUGAAUUCCUGUACAGAGAAUAGAGUUCAGCUAUGGAUUGUGAGUCCCUUUGAUGAUCUUGAAGAAGGAAAAUGUUUUUCCAGGCAGUUCUACAACUCAAUAGAAAAAGCUCACUAUCUCACCUUGAGACAUGGCUUCAUAUCGUUAAGCCUAAUAGCGAUGCUGAAUCGUUCUGCUGACUCACCUGUCAAGCAGGCACAACAACUUCAAUUUCCAACAGUACAUACAGCUAUCCUGGGAGGAAGAUAUUUCAGGAUUAUGGUUUGCGUCAGCCCGUUAAUGUGGUUUCUAGCAGCUGCUUUUAUGCUGUUGGAUGUAUAUGGCUGGUAUGUGUAUCUCUGGAUAUCCUAUGUUCCAAUCUUGGUCGUUCUGGUGUUAGGAACCAAACUUGAACACAUUGUUGCAACAAUGGCUCUUCAAAUUAAAGAACAGAACAGUGCAGUUUCCGAAACACCUCUUGUUCAACACGAUGAUCUCUUCUGGUUUAGGAAACCAAAAUAUGUCUUGGUGCUGCUACAUUAUACUCUCUUUGUGAAUGCUUUUGAGUUUGCCUUCUUCAUUUGGGUUACAAUCCAGUUCGGGUUGACAUCUUGCUACCACGAGCACACUGUGAUCAUUGUUACAAGGGUUUUCUUAGCGGUGACAGCCCAAGUCCUCUGCAGCUACAUCACUCUCCCUCUCUAUGCACUUGUGGCACAGAUGGGCUCACAAUUCAAAAGCCAUAUACUAGAAGAUAAAACAGCAGACAUUUUAAGGAAAUGGAGUGCUGAGGUGAGGCAUACAAGGACAACUUUCACAAUCUGA